UUUAUUGUUGACUUUCUUGCUGGUGAUUAAACUGUCCGGCGCUUAACUUUAAGUCUCUAAGUUACCUGUGGGUAUUGGUCCAUCUUAUUUUAAAAAAUUCUCAAUAUGAUGUCCAGAUCGAUUCGUGCAGAAACACGGAGUAGAGCAAAAGAUGAUAUUAAGCGUGUUAUGCAAGCCAUUGACAAAGUCAGAAAAUGGGAGAAGAAAUGGGUAACUAUUGGUGACACCACAAUGAAGAUUUACAAAUGGGUGCCAGUUCCAAGUCUAGAUGCUCAGACACGUGCGAAAGGAAAAGGAUCUGCUAGUAGUAGAAAUAAAGAAAAUAUGGAAAAGGGCUUGCAGCAUGAAGGCAAAACAUCUAAUGGUAAAGCAUCUCCAAUUGGCAGUGAAAGCAAGCACAUGUGUACCCGAGAAUCUAGUUCUAUAUCUAGUGUAAUGGAAGAGUCAAGUCUUGGUUUUGCUGAUUUGAGUCAAGAUUCAAGAGCAGCUAGUGAUGAUGCUACCAAUUUGAGCAUGGAGAACAGCAGUGAUGCUCAAUUUCCAGACAGCCAGCCUGAUGGCUCAAUAAUGGUGAAACAAGAUGAACUGAGUGAAGAUAGCUGUGAACCCCCUUUAAAGAAAAGACUUGAUACCAGUGAUAUGAAAGACUGAAAUUGGUUUCUUUUCAGUUUUCAAAUAAAUAUUUUCUUCUGUGAAAUGUUUUCCAGAAAAGUAAAGAACUGUUAUCUGUUACAGAUAAAACCUUUCUUUUUGGCAGAUUUGGCUAUAGUUUUGUGAUAUAUUUAAAAAAUAUUUUCUUCCUCCAUUACAAUAACUCUUAUUUCACAGCAAAGUAAUACUUAUUAAAUGGCAAAUUUUAACCCUUUAUUAAUGUUAAUAUUUGAUUCAUUUUAAACUUCCAUUUUGUAUAUAGUGAGAUGAAGAUAUUUGUUUCUAUAAUAAAUCUCAAGCCGGUGCAAAGAUUUUUAGUCUUGCUGUUCAUCCUUUGUGAUCCAAUGCUACUUCUAUUGCUUAUCUCCAUCCAAGUCAUCCAGGUUGUUCUUUCUUCUGUUUUCCUGAUAAUUUUAGUCUUUCUCUUUGUUUCUUCCUGUUCAUGCAGUCCAUUGUCAUUUUCUUGUUACUGUCAUUCCUCUAUGCAUGUUAUUCAUUUCAGCUUUUUUACUGUUCUGUUCUUCUCAAUCAGCUUUUUGAUUUACUCCCAUUGCAGACCCAAGUCAAAGCCAUUUUUUUGAAUAUUCUGUGGCUGACUUUCUGAGUAUAAGUCUUAUCCAAUUUUAUUUACUAUAUUUAAUUUCUUCUACUGUAGAUUUUGGUUUGGUUUUUGCAUACAAUGUAGCAUUUGAAGUAAUGUGCAGCCAGAAAAUUUGCAGAAAUGUGUAGAAACAUUUUGUUUAGAAUGGAGAAAUUUUCUAUUAUCUUUAUUAACUUCCAGGAUUCUGAUCUGUCUAACAAAACUUAUUUUAUAAUUGAAUUGAGAAUUAGAAAGAAAUUUUAACUUUAAGACUAAUACAAACAAAGGAUAUGCCUUUAUCCAUUUUUUGCAGCCAUUCCACUUUUUGUUUAAUGGACUUC